CACCCCAUCAGAUAACUUCUACCUGCGCCUCUGCUUAACCGACUCUAAUACACUAGGCUUUAGAUCGCUACUUUUACACUAUCCUAGCGAAAUGGCCCUGUGCAUGCAGACCAGGUCGGUCGCGGGCGUCCGUGCCCGGCCCAGCAGCGUCCGCAGCACUCCCUUCCGCGGCAGCCGCAUGGUCGUUCGCGCCACUCCUGCUGUCUCUGAGAUUGUGGAUAAGCUCAAGACCUUGACGCUACUGGAGGCGUCUGAGCUGGUGUCAGAGAUUGAGAAGACCUUCGGCGUCGAUGCCUCGGCUGCUGCCCCUAUGGCUAUGGCCAUGCCUGUCGCCGCCGCUGCUGCUGCGCCAGUUGUAGAGGAGAAGACUGCUUUCGAUGUGGUGCUUGAGGAGAUCCCUGCUGACAAGAAGGUCGGCAUCUACAAGGUGGUCCGCAACAUUGCCAACAUUGCGGUCAACCAGGUGAAGGAGUUCACCGCUACGCUUCCCAAGGUCCUGAAGGAGGGCCUGAGCAAGGAGGAGGCUGAGGCUGCUAAGGCACAACUGACGGAGGCUGGCGCUAAGGCCAAGGUCGUGUAAGCAUGGCCUUGUCUUAGCGAUCAUCUGUACGGGCGCGUAUAAAAAAUAGAGUUUUGGGUGGGCAUAAUGUGAGAUCAACGGCAAAUUUUCCUAUCUUGUCGGCUGGUUCCACUGGGCAGAUAACAGGACAUUGUGAGCGCGGUUCGCAAAGUGUUUGCCUGCUACCGGCAGCUUUUACCCUUGUGGCUCCUGUCUCAUAGGGUUGCUUACAGUUUGAAAAUUCAGUUUCCUGACUUGCUGGGAGAUGAGUAUGGGACGACUUGAGUGGUGCUGUGCGACUGGAGUGCGCUAGGCUGGGGUGGCGCACCCCGGUGGAGUGCCCUUGUACACUGUAUGAUGCAUAGCAGUAUGGCGUGUUGGUAAGAGUGAACCCCCAGCGAAGGGAGUGGUGGUAAAAUGUUAACAGGCAGUUGGCACGGUUGUGGCAAGUAUGCCCCAUGUAACAGCUAGCCGCGGAUCAUCUUUACGUAACCGAUCCCCAACAAGGGGCCAUACACAUAACAAUAGUCGCAUGGAAAAUUGCAGG